AUGCUCUCGAUACGUGAGAAUGGACACGGUGACAUAGCUCUUAUGAGUUAUGGUGAAGUUGAUAGCUCGAAGGAAAUGGGAUGGGGAUAUCAUCGUGGAGUGGAAAUAGUACAAACGGAUCUAUCGCUAAUACUCCUUGACUGCUCACUUUGUAUAGAAAACGAUAAAGGUGUUCUCGUCGAUCUUUACAUCCCCCGACACUGUUCUGCCACUGGCCGACUCAUCACCGCCAACGACCACGCCUCUAUCCAAAUCCAAGUCGCCGAUGUUGAUGCCGAUGGAAAGGCCAUCAAGGGACAAGGUCAAACUAUCGCUAUCUGCGGUAGAAUCAGGGCUCAAGGUGAUUCGGAUGACUCCAUCAACAGAAUCGCUACCAAGCAAGGACUCCUCAAGAACGUCUGGUCUUACACUCGUUAA